CAUUAUAUUGCCAAUAUAGUUUGGAGUCCUUGAUAUAAAAGCCACCGCCAUCUCAGUUUGAGUUCCGUCUGUCGCUAGGGUUUUAUCGCUCCCGCCGCUUCUUCCAAUUUCACGCUCCCACACCUACGCCGGAGCUCACCACCAUGGCGGAACAGACUGAGAAGGCGUUCUUGAAGCAACCCAAGGUUUUCCUUUGCUCGAAGAAGUCCGGGAAGGGUAAGGCGCCAGGGAAGGGGGGCAACCGCUACUGGAAGAGCAUCGGAUUAGGGUUUAAGACACCCCGGGAGGCUGUUGAAGGCACUUACAUUGACAAGAAAUGCCCCUUCACUGGUGAUGUGUCCAUCAGAGGCCGUAUUCUUGCUGGAACCUGCCACAGUGCUAAGAUGGUGAGAACUAUCAUUGUUCGGAGGAAUUACCUGCACUGGGUGAAGAAGUACCAAAGAUAUGAAAAGAGGCAUUCAAAUAUCCCAGCCCACAUAUCUCCCUGCUUCCGUGUGAAAGAGGGUGACCACGUCAUUAUUGGCCAGUGCAGACCCUUGUCCAAAACUGUUAGGUUUAAUGUUCUUAAGGUGAUACCAGCUGGUUCAUCUGGUCGUGGGAAGAAGGCCUUUACAGGGAUGUGAGCUAGGUGAUUUCAAAUGCUUCAUAUAUUCAGAGAUAUGGGAUUAGUUUUUAUUUCUGUUGGAAGUUUUACUAUUAACUUGCCAUGAAGGCUUAAAUUUUUGUGCCCCACCAAUUUUAUACUGUAUUGGCCAUCUUUUGAAACUUCUCAAAUUUAGCAUGCGGUUUUGUUGCAAGAGUUGCAUGGUUUGUUUUUACA